CCUUAAGUUACUAGUAGUUAAUCUUGAUUUCAUUUUCUUCUUCAAACAACUUUGGUAUCUCAAUGAAUUCACCAUUUCACUUCAAUUUCCACAAUUCAUUGUAUCUUUCAAUCCAUUUCCUAUAAACUACAUAGUCAUUCUUAACAAGCACACAUUCCUCUGCGUGAAUCGAUUUUUCACGUUUCCAGAAAACAUUUGGGAAUUGCCAAUUCGAUUCUUCCGAAGAAACCUUGUUAUCAUCAAUCGCCACAAGAGACAUGGUUUAUCACUCUAGCUUUGUGGAUGAAGAUGGAGUGAACAAAGCUUGUGGGUGCCCUCUUCUUCCUCUCAAGAGCCAUAUCAAGGGUCCUGCUCCAGUUUCAGAUCAAGAUAGAACUGAUAUUGUGGAUGAAGCUAUCACAUUCUUCAGAGCCAAUGUGUUCUUCAGAAACUUUGAUAUCAAGAGCCCUGCUGAUAAGCUUCUCAUAUACUUGACUUUUUACAUCAAUGUUGCUCUCAAGAGGCUUGAAGGUCGCAGAACUUUGGCUGAAGGAACCAAGGCAAUCAUCAACUUGGGUCUUGAAAAAGUUCCUGUUCCUGGAGAAUCUGGUUUUCCUUUUCCGGGGCUUUUCCCACUUCCUCAAUCUCAUAAGGAAGCAGAAUUGUUCAGAAAUUAUUUGAAGCAGAUAAGGGAAGAAACAAGUGGGAGGUUACUGAACGUUGCAUACAGACCUAAUGGCACUCCAAAUAAAUGGUGGCUGGCAUUUGCAAAGAGGAAAUUUAUGAACAUAAUUAUCCCUUGAACUGUUGUGGAUAACAUGCAGUGCUUGAAUCAUAGACUAAGCUGUUAAAAGUACAUUUCAACACUAUUGAUCUGCGAGUAAAAAUGUAAUGAUUCUUCAAGGGCAUGGUGUUGCUUGUCUGUUUCCACUAUUUGAUAUUGAAUGUACUCAACUACUGCUUGGUAGGUUAGAACUCAUUUUUGCAAUUCGUUUGCCUGUCACUUAUACUUAAGUCAGUGAUCAUAGUAGAGCUAUGGCCCCAACCUUGCUUGUGCUGGUUAAGUUUAGUUGUUGUAUUGUCAAUUGUCAAUUAAAUAUAGCAGCAGUUUUGCAUCAA